GAUUCGUGGCUUCCUUCAAAAAAGCGCUCGAACGCGUGACGGGCAGGCGUACGAGCGACCACAACAUACAGCGCAAGAGACGAGCAGCGGUCUUCCACGCAAGCCUCCCGAAACCAAACCUCACCGCACACAUUUUUAUCGAGGUCGACCAGACGUCAGACACGCUCCUCCCCAGACCUGUGUCUGCCACGUGCUAUCGUUGAGGCCCGACGCAAGACUCGCCCUUCAUCACGGUACAAAAUUUCAAGCUGACCACUUCUGCUUCGCAUCCCCUACCCUGCAAAGGAGCGGGUCGAGCCCAUUCUUGAGUGGCUUCGAGCGCAUACAUUCUACUUCGGCGACACCGCGUCCACCCCGACGUCGUCACGCUCAUCAUGGCACCCGGCCUGAACCUGCCACCGCCUUCCAAUGGCGCACCUACAGAGGCAGGCAAAGCAGCACGCGUCGAAGACGUCGAGGAAGCGACGACGCUGAGCGGAGCAGCACAAGCAGGGUCAAGCUCUGGACCGUUGCUCGAGCAAGUGUCGACGGCCGAAGAAGCGUCUGCUGCGCCCAAAUUCAGCACGGGCGGAGUGAUCUACCCGCCUCCCGAUAUUCGUUCCAUCGUGGACAAGACUGCCACCUUUGUGGCGCGCAACGGCGUGCAAUUUGAGGCCAAGAUCAGGGGAGACGAGAGGGCAAAUACGAAAUUCGCAUUCUUGAACCCGGAAGAUGCGUAUCAUGCCUACUACAGGGCUAAGAUCCAAUUCGUGCAGAGCGGAGAUGGACCGCUGGCCAAGGACCUGAUUGGACAAGGCGCGGAAAGGGGACAAUUGGUUGCUAGGGAUGGAGUGGAGACGAUGGAGGAGGAAGAUGCGGGCAAGAGGGGCAGAGAGGAUAAGCUGAAACCUGAAGAGCCUCGUCAGCAUCUCUUUGAGGCUGAUCUGCCCAACAUCACCGCCGUCGACCUUGACGUGCUCAAGCUCACAGCGCUGUUCACGGCUCGCAAGGGAAAAUCUUUCGCAUCUGCCCUUGCUGCUCGAGAAUCUUCUUCUUAUCAGUUCGAAUUUCUCCGCCCAUCGCACUCGCUCUUUGGCUACUUCAACAGGAUGGUAGAGCAGUACAGGCUGGUCAUUCAACCGGCGGAGGAUAUUUUAGAGCAGCUGCACGAGCUUGCACCCGAAGGGCCAAAGCCUGCUUUGGGUCCUGGAAGAGGAGGAGGUAGAAUAAAGGUGUUGGAGAAUGCCAGGAAGAGGGCCAAGUAUGAGAGGUGGGUCAGGGAGAGGCGCAAAGCUAAGGAGAGCGAGGAGGAGAGCCAGCGAGCCCUCUUCGACUCGAUCGAUUGGCAAGACUUUGUGGUGGUACAGACUGUCGAAUUGACAGAGACUGAUGCGCACAUAGAUUUGCCGCCCCCCAUGUCUCUGCGGGACGUGGAGAACAUGACGAUCGCUCAGAAGCGCAUGGCAGCCAUGAUCAUGGAGGUUGAAGGAGGAGGAGACGAGUCGGAGCUGAUGGGCGGCAUGAUUGACAUCCCUGGUGGAUCAGGAGACGCUGCAAGGGCUGGAGCUGCUAGCGCUACCAAAGCUGCUUCGAACGCUCUACCGCCUGGUAUGGACCCGCAGAGAGCUAGCAUGCUAGGCUUGCAAGCGUCUGCUGGCGUGCCACAAGAAGAUGAGGGAGACAUUGAAAUGGAUAUGGACGACGAUAGCGGUGACGAGAAAGCGGUAGAAGAGGCGCCAGCUGUACAGUACGAGGAGAUCAAGCGAGCAGAGGGUCAAGCGCCUAUACGCGUGCGCAAAGAUUACGUGCCAAAAUCUCUCGCGGCCAAGAAUGCCGCCGUGGCGCAAACAACGAAGUGUCCGGUCUGUGGGGAUCAGAUUGCGAUAUCGGAAAUGGACGAGCAUGUGCGCUUCGAGCUGCUCAACCCGAAAUUCAGGGAGCAAAGGCGGGAUCUGGAAGCCAAGCAAGCUCAACAGAAAGCCUUGCUGGAAGGUGCAGAUCCAUCACGUGCCCUUAAGCAGUUCGCAUCCAAUCGGACGGACAUCUUUGGAGCUGAAGCGGAAGAAGCGGCUAGGAGGAGGAGGGACGCAGAGGAGCAAAGACUCCGCAAGGAGAGGGAAAAGAUCAUUUGGGAUGGACACAUCGCUAGUAGGCAGACUACCCGAGAUGCCUUCAAUCAAACCAAACAGGUCGAGCAGACCAUGGCCAACAUCAAUCGUAACUUCAAGGCUGGGGAAGUGGAGAGUAACAUCGGACCUCAAUUCCCUGGUCAGCACGGUGUGCAGCCUCCAGAAGGUGCAUAUGCUUAUGGAGCGCCAGCUGCAGGCUUUGACCCUUCUCAACCAGCUCAGCCGGAUGCCAGCGAGGGCUCGCUGAAGAGGCCUGCAGAGGAAGCACCGCCUGGCCAGCCAGCCGCUCAACGGAUAGCUUCGGAGAAUCUCGGGUCCGCUUCUCCGGCACCGCUUGCUGGGGGAUUUGCAGGCUCGCCGCCUCCCGGCGUUGCUGGUCAGAUUCCAACUGGUCCUUCGGCCAUGGGACCACCAGGUGCGCCGGUCAAUGCUCCCACUGGUCCUCGCAUGGUAGAACCUCCUCGGCCUCCUCAACCGUCCUACAUGCCUCCUGGCUAUCCGGCUCAGCAUCAACCUCAAGCGCCCGCUCAAGUCAAUUCCUUGCCAAAGAAAUCGUCUGGGGAAUUGUACGAGGAGCACGAGUGGUUGAGGUACAACCCGUACCCCAUCAGCAUCAAGGUCCUCCUGCCCGAUGCGCCCGAGAUCAGCCCGCUGUGCGAUGGGCACGAAGAGGUGCUGCAGGGCUUGAUACCGCAGACGACCAUCGGACAGAUCAGAGAUAGGGUGCACGCGACGAACUUGAAUGCGCAGGUGGGAGUCAGCAAGAUGAAGUUGAGGAUUGCGGGAAAAGCCGCUACGCUCAAACAGACCCUGGCCCACUGGAACUUGCUCGAUGGAGAUACGAUCGUCAUCACGCUGAACAAGUGAGCUACGUACAAUGCUCCUUGCGUCCUUCGAUUGACUUUUUGGUCUGCACAUCUUGCAAUCUUUCUCCUCCGUCAACAUCAUCCAAUUCACAAUGCUCUUUUUCCCCUGUGCGGGAUGCGUUGUUCACCUCCCCGCAAUGAGAUUCGUGAUUGUGGCGCACCGUGC